UAUAGUGCCCACACCCUGGUACCGUCUUCAAAGCCUUGAGGGACACUUGCCCGUGCUACGCUCUUCAAGAGUCGAGUGUGAGCACAUCCGGAUGCGCUUCGUCGGACCCAGACAGUGCAACAAGGGAAACAAUCGAAACGCCAAGGAGCGGAUGCGAUCUAACCUCCAGAAGAUAAAUGUCGAGAGAAUUGCUGGCAUGCAGAUUCCAAUUGCCCGCGAAACAGGCGUCGGUGGUCGCCAGUUUGGCAAUGUCGCCAUGACACGUCAGUGCGCCUCUAUCUGGUUCAAGACGCCGGCAGAUCCCAAGAAGCCAAAAUGGCUCAAAGGACUCGUCCUCCUCGAUCCUCCAUUCGAAGUCGAUCACGCCGGCCAGAAGGAACACGGCGAAGUGAUGCCGUCCAUGCAUCAAGCCUGCGUCUUCCAUUUUGCCCCAUUCGACCUCAGGGAGAGGGACUUGUUGGACGACCGGUCAAGCUACCGGAAAUCCCUGAUUCAUUACCUGCAACACUCGCUCAACUUAGAAGCCAGGUCCGACUUCCACCCGCUCUUGGUCGUCCGGGGCGUGGCGCGGAUAGUUGCGUCUGAGUGGAUUGUCACCAACGCCCAUAUUGAGCGCGACAUCAACGUGAUAGAGUGGCAGCUUGAGACAAUGUCGGCCACCGUGGCCGAUGUGAACUUGCUUCAAAAGGUCCUGACCAGGCUGUUCACCCACCGCCGCCGCAUCGGCAAGUACCAAGCCCUUAUAGAGGAGCAACGGGACCUCUUGGUACAGGGCGAUGAUUCUAGUAUGCCCGAUGCAUGGUUGCUGGAAGGUCGUCAGCUGCCGAGGGAUGCGGGACAGGCGUGGCGAGAGUUGCAGAGCGACGCGAACCAGGUGCAUGACUUGGUGACACGGAACGCCGAAAGGGUCGGCCAGUUGGUGGAGCUGCUCAUGUCCAUCAUGUCGGUCCGGGAGGCGGGCUUGUCAGUCAAGCAGAACGAAACCUUGACGUUCCUAGCAUUGGUAGCGACGUCUGCGCUGCCGUUCAACGCCGUGGCGGCAGUUUUGGCCAUCCAAACCAGGUUUGGUCCCGAGGGCGAGUCGUUUUGGGUGUUUUGGGCGGCAUCGUUGUGUACUUGGGGGCUCGUCGGGUCCAUCUACCUCCUUUAUCCUCAAGUAAGGCGGCGGGAGGUGACUAGAGAGGUGUGAUGUGCACGUCGCAGUUGGCUCGCUGGGCUCAGAUGCUAUCAUUAGUCGGAUGUUGUUUUCCCCUUCCUCUUUUCUCCUGGCCAUCACACUCUGCAGCAUCCUCCUUCAUUCGGUGACACUGAAUUUGGCUC